UUUGCGCGUUUCCGCCAGUCUACAGUCCUUUGUAAUAAUGUCGUCUGAACAUGAAGAUAGACCCAGAGACAAUGGCCCGGAGGGGAUGGAGCCAGAUGGAGUCAUUGAGAGCAACUGGAAGGAGAUUGUUGAUAGUUUUGAUGAUAUGAACCUGCGAGAGGCUCUUCUCAGAGGAAUCUAUGCUUAUGGUUUUGAGAAACCUUCCGCCAUUCAGCAGAGGGCAAUCCUCCCUUGUAUCAAGGGUUAUGAUGUCAUUGCACAGGCUCAGUCUGGCACAGGAAAGACUGCCACGUUUGCCAUCUCCAUCCUGCAGCAGAUUGAUGUGGAGCUGAAGGCCACACAAGCUAUGGUUCUGGCUCCUACCAGAGAGCUGGCCCAACAGAUUCAGAAGGUAGUCUUGGCUCUUGGAGACUACAUGGGGGCAACUUGCCAUGCCUGCAUUGGAGGUACCAAUGUUCGUAAUGAUGUUCAGAAGCUUCAAGCUGAUGUGCCCCACAUAGUGGUCGGGACUCCUGGUCGCGUGUUUGAUAUGCUCAACCGCAGAUAUCUGUCUCCUAAAUAUAUAAAGAUGUUUGCCCUGGAUGAGGCAGAUGAAAUGUUAAGCCGUGGUUUCAAGGACCAAAUCUAUGAAAUAUUUCAGAAGUUGGCCACAGACACUCAGGUGAUACUUCUGUCUGCCACCAUGCCUCAGGAGGUGCUGGAGGUGACUACAAAGUUCAUGAGAGAUCCUGUUCGUAUCCUAGUUAAGAAAGAAGAGCUGACCCUUGAGGGUAUUCGGCAGUUCUACAUCAAUGUUGAGAAGGAGGAGUGGAAGUUAGACACAUUGUGUGAUCUUUAUGAAACCCUGACCAUCACCCAGGCUGUAAUUUUCAUCAACACUCGCCGGAAGGUCGACUGGCUAACUGAGAAAAUGCAUGCAAGGGACUUUACCGUUUCUGCUCUGCACGGUGACAUGGAGCAGAAGGAGAGAGACGUCAUCAUGAAAGAGUUUCGUUCUGGCUCCAGCCGAGUGCUAAUCACCACUGACCUGCUGGCAAGAGGCAUUGAUGUACAGCAGGUUUCCCUGGUCAUAAACUAUGACCUUCCAACCAACAGAGAGAACUAUAUCCAUCGAAUUGGUCGUGGUGGUCGUUUCGGCAGAAAAGGAGUCGCUAUCAACAUGAUCACUGAGGAUGACAAGCGCACGCUCCGGGACAUCGAGACCUUCUACAACACCACUGUGGAGGAGAUGCCCAUGAACGUUGCUGAUCUGAUCUAAGACACCUGACUUUUUCCUCCUUCCCUUUAUUUUUUUUGUUUUGUUUUUCUUCUCUCCUGUCUCCUUUCCUCCCCUUCCCUCUUUAGUCUCAUUCCGACCCACAUCCCUGUUCACGCAACCCCUCACAAAUCAAGUACUGUCAGUUCUGAGGGUGCGAACCUUUCAUAAGUCCAGUGUGUUGGUCACAUCACUGAAUACUCCAUUAUUCAGACAUUCAGAAUAUCCAUAUUAUAAGGCUCAUUUAAUCUUGCCCCUUUUGAGUGGUGCCAUCUACUGAUCAAGAGGAGGUGUCGCAGGGCUUCUUUGCAUGCGUGGUGUAAAUGUUAAUGCACUGACUGAUAUAUUGGAUUGGACACAUGCCCUGCUUGUCUUGAUAGUGUUGGUUUAACCAUUUUUUGAGAUGUGACUGUUUACAUAGGAUUUGCUUUUUUGUAACACAGGGCAAAGGAUGUAAAAUACAGAAUAAUUAAUGUGUAAUAUGGGGGACUUGGACUUUUUAUUCCAAAUUGCCAUUCACUGCCAUAUUUCUUUUAACAGAAGCAUCAGCAAAAAGAAAGAUGCUUUGGGUCGAAAGGAAGUUGGUUUGUGGGAGUGAACCAGAUUGUAAAAUUACUAAAUGUGGUCAAGUCAUUUUCUCCAGCGGUCCAAUUCUUCUGUUACAUCUCUUGUGUUGUCCUGUGUGUGUGGCUGUAGCUCUUUGAUUUUUGUAAAUAGGCUUUACUCUGGCGGGGUGGGCGGCUGAAGGCAUUAGAAAUGGGUUUGUAUGAUUGGUGAAUGACCCACCAUUGUGUUGCCUCAGAAUUUUUUCUCUGCAUCAAAGUCCUAUUGGGGAGUGUUGCUCCUGUAACCUACCUCACCAAACUGUGUUGGCGGGGUCUAAAUAUGUAAGGACCAAACUGCAGUAGUAGAGUAUAUAGAGAUCAUUAUGUCUUCGUAUUGUUCAAAAAAUGCCUGUCUUUUGUUGGGUGGGUUUGGAUGUGGGGUUUACAUUGGUCAGUGCUAUUUUUUUAAACAAAUUUAUUACAAAUGUGAUAAUUAUUAACCUUUUUGAGACAGAAGCCAUGUAUUAAAUAUUUUCUACAUUGGACUCUGUAUAGUAUUUAUUUUAAUGGUCUGAAAUAAAGGUAUUUCCCAUUUUUAACAUGCUAA